UGCUAAUUUAUAUUUUUAUAUUAUAAUUUUUUUCUAAAGUCCUCUACGAUUUGCAAGGCUCCUUGCAUUAAUUCAUUUACACCGUUUUGCCGGCGUUUGCAGCAGCAUCGCCCGAGUAAGUAUUAUUGCCUGCCAAACGUAGCAGACGCAGACGCAGACGCAGAAGCAGAAGUAAACAGCAUACCGCCAAGCUAUUGUCGCAAGCUGUAAACACAUUCAUGGCUCGUCGCAGCAAAGGCUCCAGCGCUCGCAGGAGAGCGGCGCGCAUCGCACGCAGCAACGCACCAGACUCAAACACACCAAAAGAAAAUUUGACAAUAGAAGCAUUGACAACAGAAACAAUAGCUGCCGACAAACACAGUCGCGCUGGCGCUGGCGCUCAGCAUAACCCAGCAGACAGUGCCCGAGCCUCACAGGAGAUAAUUCCUGGGGUGCCCGAGGAUGCGACUGGUGACAGUGCCAGGCAUGCCAACCACCCUGAGAGGGUGACAUUUUUCACAUCUCCGUUCAAGGUAUCGUACUACUCGACGCUGUAUCUCAAGCAGAAGCUGCGCAGCACGGCCAGGUACAUUGCGCAGUACCCACUGGCGCUGGCGUACUCGGUUGCGCUGGGAAUUGUGUACACGCUGCUGCACUUUGUCAGCGGUCCGCAUAUCGAUGUAUUCCGCCGCGUCGACGCAUGGGUCGGCUGGUACUCAUACUGGGUGCUGUUGGGCGUGCUUUCAUCCAUCGGCCUGGGCGCCGGUCUACACACCUUUGUCCUCUUUCUGGGCCCACACAUUGCCCGCGUCACGCUUACCGCAUACGAGUGCACGCACACCUCGUUCGCCGUGCGUGGCCCCAACGCGUUUUUGUGCAGCACAGCGUUCGGCGCCACGCAGGCAACGUUUGCCGGCAUCAUGCGCAAGGUUAUCCUCGAGAGUCUGUGCUGGGGAGCCGGCACUGCCAUAGGCGAGCUGCCACCCUACUUUAUUGCCCGCGCCGCCUCCGCCACUGGUCAGGGCGACGUCGAGUAUCAGCGCCUCAGGCGCAAGGCUGCCGCAGGCGGGUCGCUCUCUGUCAAAGAUCGCGCGCUGCUCAGCAUCUACCACCUGCUGCAGCGCUUUGGAUUUGCCGGAAUCCUUGUCUUUGCCGCAAUUCCUAAUCCGCUCUUUGAUCUGGCCGGCAUUACCUGUGGCCACUUCAAGGUCCCCUUCUGGACAUUCUUCGGUGCCACCUUCAUCGGCAAGUCCAUCAUCAAGUCCUCAAUGCAGACCGCCGUUGUCAUUACCGCGUUCAGCAAGGAGAUGAUCGCCGUGGUGCUGUCGUUCCUCGCGCAUGUCAGCCCCUGGGUCCACGACCUGGCUGAGCACGUGCUGCGCAAGCAGGCUGCCGCAUUUGGGCAGGGCUCGGCGCGCAGCGGCAGCGGCUCUACCACUGGCGGUGGCGCCGGGCAGCUGCCGAGCACCGAUGACGCCCACCUGGAGAGCUCAUCGUUUUCACUGCUGGGAUCCAUGUGGAAUGCCUGCAUCUCCAUUAUGCUGAUAUACUUUGUCAUUAGCACCCUAGAAACAUUUGCCCAGUCGUACGUGACUGACGUCAAGUCGUGGGGCCAGCACCAGCUUGCUCGUGUCGGCAGCCGCCCGAGAAUGGACACUGUCACUGCCACCACUGACGAUGGCGCCGAUGCACUCGGCAGCGACGACAGUGACUGCAGUAACUGCAGCAGCAACAGCGGCAAUGCUUUGCGUUAAUUUGCACUCCGAUAAUCUGCCUGCCCAGCAGCGGCGACAGCAGCCAAAAGAAAAGCCCAUCAUAGGAACCCACGCGUGCAAGAAUAUACAUUUUCAAACUCAUGCAUACCUACUUUUGCGCUCUUGCUUUUUUUGGUGUUUUCCCAAUUUACAAAAUUUUCUGCACUAUUU